CUCAUGUGCUUUACUUAGGGUUGGGUUAGAGGCGACAGGUUCUUCCCUAGGGUCCCUCUUCGGCAUUGGAGCUCCUCCUUUUCUUCUUUCCUCUUACCUUUUCCUUCCCCUUCUUGCUCUCUACUCCACCUUCGUUGUCUGUCUUGUUUUGGAAACUUCAACCCAAGGGACCACAAGGCAAUGGCGUCUCUCGAUCUACCCUUCUGACGGCAAUGGCUUCAUCACGAGGGAAUUGAUCCUGCCUCCUAUUCACCAAGUACAAAUCUUGCUUAGGCGUAUCUUCAAUUUCGAAUGGGAUCUUGGUGAAGGUUGUUUUUGGAGACACUAGUGCACUCCACUCUUCAAUCUGGUCCCCGCAUACAAAAGAACAGGGACACUAUUAGUGAUUCUGAUUCUGGGCUACAUAGGAAGUAUACUAUUCACGAUGGAAAAGGAAAUCUAUUUCCCUUAAUAAGCUUUGCCAACAAGCAGGGUUUGUAGUGGAUCAGCACCGAUGGGAGCAUGAUUUGGAGUACUCGGCGAUGAUCGGAGUGUACUUGGCGACGAUCGGAGUGUACUUGGCGACGAUUGGAGUGCCUUGGUCUUGUCCGGAGGAUAAGCAAAGAGAAAAAGGAUUUAAUUGAUGAAGCAGGUUGUGAUUUGCACGGGGCUAAUAGUAUUAGGGGUAGUAAAGGGGCUUUAGUUCCCUUCAACAGUUUGGGUAGCAAGGGAUUACUGAGGAUUGGAAAAGAUGGGGCUCAUGUUUGCAUUGAUGGGGUUAAUACCCCUCUUUUUGUUGGUUAAUUUUCAAGCAUAGAUAAGGUGGCAAGCUACAGGUUGGGGACUGUUUGUUGUCAAAAUCCUUACUCCCCCAUGAAACUGGUUAAAUAGGUGGGGAUGUCCAGUAGUUUUUGAUGCCCAUAGUGACUCUCUUUUCUACUUUAGUAGCUCUAUUUAGCCUAUACAACGACUGCAAUUGUAAUAAUCUGUAGUUGCAAAU